CAAAACAGUGGCAUUUUUGUUGUUGCAGAAUAAGGUUCGAGUUAAAUUGUAGUCAAAAUAUUUACGUGAUCUAACAUUACCAUAGGGCCUUGUGAGGUUAAGGAAUAUAGUGUCGACGAUAAUAAUUAUUAUAAAAACAAUAUUUGAUCUUCAAAAAUGGCUGAUGUAGAUAAAUCGGAUUUUUCUGAACUAUUUGUCUAUUCUCCCAUAAUGAUGACCAUAGCUGGAGUUAUAACUAUAGUAUUGAUGACCAUAGGUAUAGUGGGCAAUCUUUUGACAGUGGCGGCCCUAUUAAAACACGCAAAAAUAAGAACAGUGGCGGCGGCUUUUAUAGCAUGUUUGUGUGUGUCCGAUUUGUGUCUUUGCUUCUUGGUACUACCCUUCUCGGCAAGUCAGUUUUUCCAUGGCACUUGGAUACAUGGAGAUACAUUGUGCACGAUAAUACCGCUGGUACGUUACGGCAGUGUUGCCAUAUCGUUAUCAAGCGUAGCUAUGAUUUCCGUUAAUAGAUACGUUUUGAUUGCCUUUCCUCAUCUAUAUCAGACUAUAUAUAGUAAAUUUAACGUGGCAGUGUAUAUAUUAGGGAUAUGGGUGUUUAGUUAUGGUAUACAGAUACCAAUUUUGAUGGAGAAAUGGGGUAAAUUUGGGUUUGAUGAUAAACUAGGUACAUGCUCUAUAACUUUAGAUGAUAACGGGUCAACUGCUAAAACAACAUUGUUAAUUGUUGGUUUUGCGUUACCAUGUUUGAUAAUUAUCAUAUCAUAUGCAAGUAUUUUUUAUGUCGUACGAAAGUCACAUAAACGUCUUCAGGCUCAUACAACAGGCAAACGCUUUGGAGGUAACGAAAUGCAAAUAACCAAAAUGGUGUCCAUAAUAUUUAUAUGCUUUCUCAUCUGCUAUCUACCUCUAACAAUCGUAAAAGUUUUCGACAGUGAUGUCAAAUAUCCACUAUUACAUAUAAUAAGCUACCUGCUUAUAUACCUAUCAUCCUGUAUCAAUCCUGUAGUCUACGUCACUAUGAAUAGACAGUAUAGAAAGGCCUACUUGGAUACACUGCUAUUCAAGAAGGCGUCAAAUUUGACAUCGCAGAAUACUCCUUAAAAAUGUUUGAAGUUGUGAUUUUUUUUUUUUGAAUUUUUUUGACUGAUGUGAGAAGUAUUACUUUUGUUAUUUAGUUUUUAUUUUUUUUCUGUGAUUUAUGAUCUAGUUUAAAACUAUUUAAUUUAAUGUUAUUUAUUAAUUUUUCUAUGAAAUGUUUUUUAUGUUAUGUUAUGUUUUUCAAUUAUUCCCGUAGGGUAUUUUUUAUGUUAUUAAUUUUUGUAAGACUGUAGCAAUAAAC